AGUCUUCUUUUAUCGCGGCCACGGCUCACACACGCCCGCAGCUGCCGAGCAGUUUCCCGUCUGUCGGCAAGGUACGCCAUACGCUUACGUCAUACACCUAACAGCAGGCUACAGCGACGGCGCUUCCAACCUCUUCCUGGGGGCGACCGUAAUGAUCAACGCGAUGUGAUGAAGUCAUCGCCAGAGAGGAAGGAAACACAUCUACACGCAGCGAGAACGUGUUAACAUCGUACACUGCGCUCCCGAGUACGUCUUACCCGUUGUCCCUACAGUACUGGUGCAGUUUGUGUGUUAUGUGGGAUCCAGGCGGCUGUGAUUCACAAGGGCCUCUCGGCUUACGCUGUGUGGUUAGCGACACGACAGCUCUACUGCUACCGAGUCUGAUUUCAUAGUUACUCCUAUGACUUUUUUGACACUGCCUCGCUCCAACUGAAUGGGACAUUACAGAGAAAAAAUCAACUUAAAACAGACAGAUAGCUAAGCAGAUAAGAGAUACCACUUCCUUUCUAGUCAGUCGACCUCAGAAAACGAAACGUACCUUUCAAGUUUAAAAUACUUAUUCCAUAAACUAAAGAUUUCCUAACUGAGGUAAUAGCUGAUCGUUGACUGUUGGCGGGUAGUGUAGCGUGUGUUGGAAGGCUGUGACAGUGCCAGGCGUACUGAAUAUUAAUGGUCCUAAGAGUGAAAAUACUCCCGACUAAUUAGCCACGCCAUUAAUGCUCUCCAUUUGCAUUUUGUUUUUGUGCGUAGCUGCUUGGGAAAGAUCUCCGGCGAGGAGAUUCAGCGAGAUCAGUACUCGCCCAACGCCUUGAGCUCAGCCAAGGUGCUAUUCAGUGCGGGUGGAAGUGUUUGGAAAGGUCGGAUUGAAAUUUUAAGUAGCAGAAUAGCUUACUAUAGGUAUUUGGCUGUGAAGCUGACCGACGAAAAUUAGCUAAAGUACACUGUAUUGUUGCCUUAACUAAAUUUCACUGUGCCAUAAAAUUUCCAUCUGCUUUCAUUCAAAGUAUGCGUGUGAUUCUGGUGUAGGGAACCAUUGGAAGUAGUGUUUCGUUGUCGUAAAGUAGAUGGCGUAGAAUUAAUUAUCAGUGACUGUGUAAUUCAAAUACGCUAUACGGUAACGCUAGUAAUCGAAACAUGUUUAACAUCGACGUUUCAUGAAGGAGACUUUAGGACUGGGAAGUACUCUCUUGGUUUCAAAAUAGAACAGUGUUUAUAUUAUUUUUUAUUCUUUUAAGGCGUGUGAUAUGCGCCAUAUUGUGCGAACGUGUUAAUACUGAAAUGUAACAAAAAAAACGCGAAAUCUGAGGAAAGAAUACUAUCGGUAGUUAGGGGCUACACAUAUAUGUACCUGGGCCAGGACAAAGAAAAAGAACUCCAAGUAUUGGUGACAGUCAGAUUCUCAAUUUUUUUUUAAACUUGAAAAGACACGUGUGAACCUGGUGUAGAGAGUACGUUAAACAUACAUUUCUAGAUCUUUUAUGGACUCUUCUAUCGUAAGGCAGAAAAUCUAGGCAUUUGCAAUAGUAAUCCACGCUUGUGAAGCGUUACAGGUAAAUGGGCUACCAUUGUCGUUUCCUUAAGGACACUAGUUGCAGUUCAAAGAGAGAGACAUUUCCAGUGUCCCGGUGACGAAUGAGCGAUCAUAAGAAAACACUCGAGAGUUAUCACGCUUAUCGAAAACAGGUUGCCCAUAUUAAAAUUACAACUGUCUCUUUCUAGACGGUAGGGCAGUACAUAUUUCCGUUUUUCUUGGAGAGGUGUUCCAUCAUAAGACGACAAAUUCCAGGCGGUUCCAGGCUUUGGCAGUAACUACUGUAACUUGUGAAAAGAACUACCCUGUUUUGUAAAAGUGGGGCAAAAUUGGCGUUUCGUCAAGGAUACCAUCAGGGAUAAAAGGUAUUUUCAGUGCCAUUGUAGGACAAGCAUUACGAGAAAACCUCUGGAGGCUGUCACGACUAACGAAAGCGCGUAAAAUUAAAUCUAGUUGUAUACUUGUAAAUUAUCUCUUGUCACGUCCUAAGCGACACGUGACACCCGAAAGAAAAGAAACAGUCUUGACAGAUCAAACCCACGUAUAGCUACAACUUUCACUUGGGACAGCCCUGGCCAUACUCGUUAGGGACGUAGUGACCUACCGACGGCGAGGGUGAGUUCUUUACCAGUCGCUUAUUCCUCGCCCAGCUAGAAGUGCGACCAUGGGGAGGGACUGUAGCGCGUGCCUAGUGCGUCAGACAAGCUGGGCGAUGCUUGUGGUGGGGGUGGUGGUGCUGCUGCGGGCGGGCGCCACCCCGGAGCCUCCGCCCCCGCCGCCUCCGACGCCGCCACCGACGCCGGCCCCGACGCUGCCCGCGCCGCUGACCAACCACACGGGCAUCUGCGGCAGCGUGGACGCGCGCAACAACGUCACCGAACUGAAGCGCAAGCUGCAGGGCUGCCGCGUCAUCGAGGGAUUCCUGCACGUCGUGCUUAUGGACAACACCAACGAGACCAGCUUCCUCAACGUCAGCUUCCCCGAGCUUCGGGAGAUCACCAGCUACCUGCUGGUGCACCGCGUCAAGGGCCUGCAGUCGCUGGGCGCGCUGUUCCCCAACCUGGCGGUGAUCCGCGGGCAGGUGCUCUGGGUGGACCACGGCUACAUCCGCUACUCGCUCAUGAUCUACCAGCUGGAGGACCUCAAGGAGGUGGCGCUCGCCUCGCUGACCAGCGUGCUGCGGGGCGCCGUGCGCAUCGGCAAGGUGCCCCAGCUGUGCUACGCCCACACCGUCGACUGGGAGGCCAUCGUCGCCUCCAAGGAGAUCUACAUAGACGCCCCGGAGUGCGGGCCGGAGCGCGAGCCGUGCCCCGAGUCGAGCUGCAACUCCACGCGCUGCUGGGGCCCGCGGCUGUGCCAGCGCGCGGGUGAGCCGCGCUGGUGCGACCACAGCGGCGCCUGCAGGCGCUGCCACCCGCAGUGCCUCGGCGGCUGCGACGGCCCGGGCCCGGACGCCUGCUUCGCCUGCCGCGGGGUGCUGCACGACGGGCGCUGCGUCCCCUCCUGUCCCAGCACCGGGGAGCUGCGCUUCGAGUUCAUCGGGCGGCGCUGCGUGUCUGAGGAGCAGUGCCGGCGCGAGCCGCUGCCGCCGGGUGGCAACAAGGUGCCCGGCAUCACGUGGAUCCCGUUCCAGGGCCGCUGCCGCCUGGAGUGCCCGGAGGACCACCAGAUGGUGGGGGCGCCCAGCGGCUACGCCGUCUGCGUGCCCUGCCGCGGCCGCUGUCGCAAGGUGUGUGGGGACGGCCGUGAGAGCGUGGUGCGCACGCUGGCCGACAUGGACAAGUUCCGGCAGUGCACGCACGUCGACGGCUCGCUCACCUUCAUCCUGUCCGACGACGAACACGACCUGUCCGAGGAGCUGCCCAGCCGCUUCGGGCUCAUCCAGGAGAUCAACGGACACCUCAAGGUGACGCGCUCGUUCGGGCUGCGCUCGCUGGACUUCCUGCGCAACCUGCGGGUGAUCCACGGCGGCGACUCGGCGGACAAGCCGGCGCUGGUGGUGAUGAGCAACGACAACCUGCAGGCGCUGUGGGACUGGGGCCGCCGGGGGCCCGACCCCGAGUUCAGCAUCCGGCGCGGCGGCCUGCUCUUCCACGACAACCCACGGCUCUGCCUCGCCGAGAUAGAGCGGCUGCGGGACGUCGCCCAGAUGGACGACUUCACCGUCCACGACGUGUCCCCCGUGUCAAACGGCUACCUGGCGUCCUGCGGCCGGGUCUCGUUCGACGCAGAAGCCCGCCCACUCAACGAGACGGCGGCUGAGGUGCGCUGGGACAGGGGCGGCGUCACGGAGCGCCUGCCGGGCGUCAUCGGCUACGUGCUGCACUACAGCGUGGCCAGCGACGCCGGGGGCGCCGGCUCUGCGGUGCAGCAGAACACCGACGAGUGCCACACAGACGGCUGGAAGAUGGAGUUCGCCAUGCUGCCGCUGCGGGAGCGGCGCGCCGUGCUGUCGGGGCUGCGGCCGCACACGCGCUACGAGUUCUACGUGCGCGCCUACUUCUCGGACAGCGUGCGCGACGGGAGUCGAAGCGCGGUCCGCCACUUCAGCACCCCCGCCGGGCGGCCGUCGGCGCCGAGGCGGCUGCGCGCGCUCGCGGCGCCAGGGCUGCCAACUGCCGAGGGCGUGGCCCUGCGCUGGCAGCCGCCGCUCCAUCCCAGGGGCGACAUCCUGGAGUACGUGGUGCGUGUGCGUGCGCUGCCGGAAGGCGACCUCUGGGGGCGGGACUACUGUGUGCGGCCGCCACAGCCCAGCCUUGAUGACCACAACAUCGACGAAGGCGGCGACGAGACCACAACCGCUGUGGCUGCCUCGACAGCCACCGAGCCGACGCGGCGUGAAGAUGGUCGCCGCUGCUGCAGCUGCGAGACCCCGCGCCGGCGCUGCAGCCUGGACCUGUACUCGCGGUACUCGCAGAGCCGCCUGCUGGACUGGCGCGUAGAGCCCGACGACCUGGACGAGCUGGACAGCCCGGCCGAGGCUGACGAGGCGAGCUGCCUGUCCGCGGGCUUCCACCGGCUGCUGCACGACGACCUGCUGCCGCGCGCCGCCGCCACGGCGCUGGCGGGCGUCGCUGCGGGCGACGCGGGCGCCCCAAUCGUGGAUACUGAUGCGGACGUGGGACCCGCCUCGGACGAUACAGAGGCGGUGCGCGUGCCCGCGGGCAACUUCAGCGCGGAGCUGCGCGGCCUGUCCCACUACUCGCGCUACGUGGCCCGCGUGGAGGCGUGCAACGACGGCGGCCGCUGCAGCCCGGCUGCGCUCAUCACCUUCAGGACAGCAGCACGGAGGGAAGCAGACGCCGUCGAGGACGCCCAAGUGGUGUCUGCCUCGUGGGAGGAGGUGCGCCUCCAGUGGCGCGGACCGGCAGCCCCCAACGGGGCGCUGCUGGCCUACAACGUGGAGUGGGGCCGUGGGGACCAGCGUGUUGGCCACCAGUGCCAGCCUGUGAUGGUCAGCGGCAACCAGUCCGCAGCGUGGGAGGAGUACACGCUGAAAGGCCUGCGACCAGGGGAGUUCUGGGUGCGCGUCGCUUCCAUCACGCUGGCUGGCCUGGGCCCCUACUGCGACCACAUUCCGUUUACAGUGCCACCCCCGGCAGCGGAUAAAUCCGGCAACGGUGCAGGUAUUGGUGGUGGGGGUUCAGGUGACGGAGGUGGGAACUACAGGGAGGAUGGGCCUGGGGGCAGAGCAGGCGCAAGUGGCGGCUCGGACUCAGCGUCAAACACGACUCGCACUGCACUGACUGCGGUAGGGGUGGCGGCGGCGCUGCUGGCAGUGGGGGCGGGGGCCACACUGCUGCUGUGGUGGCGCUGCCUGGCCGCCAGGAGGGACGUGCUGCUCGCCACCGUCAACCCGGAGUACAUCAGCCUCGCCAAGUACGUGCCGGACGAGUGGGAGGUGUCGCGCGACAAGGUGACGCUGGUGCGCGAGCUGGCCACCGGCUCCUUCGGCAAGGUGUACGAGGGCGUGCUGAUGCCGUGCGGCGAGCGCUGCGCCGUGAAGACGGUGAGCGAGCGCGCCACGGCCCGCGAGCGGCUCGAGUUCCUGCACGAGGCGAACGUCAUGAAGAGGUUCACCGGCGCGCACCACGUGGUGCGCCUGCUGGGCGUGGUGUCGCGCGGACAGCCGCCGCUCGUCCUCAUGGAGCUGAUGCACCGCGGCGACCUCAAGGGCUUCCUGAGGGCGGCGCGGGAGCCCGCCGGCGAGGAGCGAGCCCUGUUCGGCGGCCACUACCAGGACGGCCUCCCCCUGGGCCGGGUGCUGAGGAUGGCAGCCGAGAUCGCGGACGGCAUGGCCUACCUGGAGGCGGUCAAGUUCGUGCACAGGGACCUGGCGGCGCGCAACUGCAUGGUCGCGCAGGACCUCACUGUCAAGAUUGGAGACUUCGGGAUGACACGGGACGUGUACGAAAAUGACUACUACAGGAAGAGCAACAAGGGCCUGCUGCCCGUGCGCUGGAUGGCGCCGGAGAGCCUGCAUGACGGCGUCUUCAGCUCGCUGUCUGACGUCUGGAGCUAUGGCGUAGUCCUCUGGGAGAUCUCAACGCUGGCUGAGCAGCCCUACCAGGGCCUGUCCAACGAGCAGGUGCUGUCGUACGUGCUGGGCGGCGGCCGGCUGCCGCGGCCCCCGGACGCCGCACCCGCAGUGUGGGCGGUGUGCCAGGCCUGCUGGCAGACGUCGCCUGCGCUGAGGCCCACCUUCUUGCAGCUGGUGCGCUCUCUGGACUCACUGGGUGGCGGUCUGGGCCCAGACUUUGCGGAGGUGUCCUUCUACCACAGCGAGGCUGCCGUGGCACUCGGGGAUGGAGCCGACACUGUGCAGAGGUCUGCACCACCCACCGUGUACGGCUUCCUGCCGCCAGACCUCGACGAGACACUUUUCUGAUCACUGUUAGUUACGUGGAUCCCAUCUAUGUUACGAUAAUGUACCAGCCUCACCCCAUACCAGGGUAUACAUCUACUACAGCGACACUGCCAGAACUGACAUGCGAAGUUCUCUGAUGCUCUUAUUAUAUGGCUACCUGGAUGAGAUGUUCUUCUGGUCACGUUUUGCUACAUAAUCUCCCGUCUGUAUGUGGGUACCAUAGACGUCACCACCAUACGUUUACAAGUGUCCAUUUACACUGGAGGUGUCGCUUCAUUUUUUGACAGAUGCAACACCACUGCUUUGCUCUCUAUGGCUACCUGUCAGAAAAACUUGACAGCCCACUUUUCUGACCACCUCUCGUCACAUCACACCUCUGUGAUGUGUAGGCCUGACUGCAGACAUGUGAGGGGUAUCCAGCUGUCACAAAGAGACCACCACAUUCUAGGGCAGAGUUGACACAGCAGAGAGUUUUUUCCCACGGUUACUUCCAGAAGAUCUGGACAAGACAUUCUUCAAAUCGUCUCUUGUCCUUUCACCACAAUGAGUCUGCUGCAGGACUCUCAGAUGGAACCAACAAAAACAGAGGUCCCAACACCCUCCGCAUAUGGCUACAUACAGAGAGACAUUGAUGAGACAUACUCUGUUCGCCCUUAACCACAUAUCUUUGUCAUGGCUCUGUGGCUCAGUGGCCAGUGCGAGCCUUUCAAUUGGUCGCCACUUCAGCACAUUGCAUGUCCGUAAACUAUCCCAGCUGGGGUACAGGAAUUUACAGUUUAACGCAGAAUUCCAACCACGUUUCGUUUCUGGUGAGUCCUCACGUCACUGACUAGUGAAGGCCAAACACAGACUGGAAAAUCCGAAAUGUGACUAGGAUUAGAUCCCUCGUUCUCACUGUUUCCAGGCAAAUGCUUUACUGCUAGAUCACCAUGUCUGACUAGCAGGAGGUGUAUAAAAGUAGGAUGACAUUAUUAUGGCCAUCUGCCAGUAUCGAAACUAACUGCAUACUGCAGCAUGCACACUGGUUAACUACCUGGCACUGACGCAGCCAGGAAAUGUUAGGUAUCUGUAGGUAUUUCGAGCUGUGCUGUUUACAUUGCUUCCAGCAGCUAUUCAAAUGUUUGUGGUAGAUGCGAUAUUCAUGCACAGAACAAGACUAUCAUACCGGACAGUUCACGGAAGCGAUGACCUAGACGCAAUCUGUGCAUGGGUCUCCUACCACGAUGCUAGGAUACAAACUAUCAUAAACUUUAUUCCUCACUCUCAUUUUUCAGUUAUUUUCAUAAAGUACUGUGAGUAAUGCGCCUUUCAUUUUAGUAUUAUUUAACUUGUCUGUAUUAUUUUCUUGUGGUUUAUGUGAAAUACAACAUUAAUCAAAAUAUUUGUUGCUUUUAGAAGCGUACAUUUAUCAAUAAAUUGCAAAAAAAAUGCAUUUUGAGGUUCAAACAUUGGUGCUAGUACAUAUCCAGAAAUAUUUUUGUACUUAAGAAGCAUGCAUUCAUUUGCAAAAAGAUUGAUGUGCAAUUUUACCUAACUGUAUUAUUUACAAUGAUCGUGUAUGUGAUAAUUGUGUAUUAUAAGUGUCAAUAUUUUUUAAGUACUGAAGACACAAAACUAUAAAUUUAAUUAUUUUUCCUGUAUCAAACUUAGUAAAACUUAUUUUUUACUCGCAAAUUAAUGGUCUAGAUGCACUAAGAAAUACGUGUGAUACUUGUGACUCAUAUCAUAAAAUAAUCAUUUGUUGUAGCUAUCAUAGAAUAAUAAAUAUAUUUCUCUAUCUAUGUACCUGUUUUAAGAAGAACUGUGUAAUAGCACAUAUAUAAAUUUGUUGAUUGGAGAGGAAAAGAUACUUUUCAGUUGAUGUCAGCAAUGACAAGAAACGCAACUUGUCAAUCAUAGACAAUUUAUUCGACUAUUUCACGACUUUUUUUCUUCACUCGAGCUAUAUUUCCUAUAGAAAAAUAGCUAUAUUUCUAACUUGUCAAAUAGUCAUUCCGCAUAAUGUAAAACAUUAUAUGUUGCAAAUUUACGUUUAUUGUCUCGUAGGAGAGCAAACAUGUGUGAUAUAACUAAUGUGAUAACGUACCUGUAACGGCUGUGAAAAUGCAAUUGUAACCUGCAAAUCAAGUCAAUAAAGUGAAUGAGUAAAAUAAAUAAAUAAGAAUAAAGACUGAAACGAC